AGCUACAGUUCUUAAAGUCAUUAUAUAUCUACGGUGGAGCUAGCAGAAUUAAUAUUUAAUGGACGUUGUGUUGCCGUUUGGAUUAAAUCAUGCCCAGGCUACCUUCUAUAUAAUGCUGAAACACUGAGACGUGAGUAGGAUUCUGAUGUAGACACUGGGUCAUAUGUUAACAAGCUACAGUGGUUCUUUCUCCAACCAACAUUGGCAUCUGAAAGACAUCCGGUAACCAUAGUGAUGUGUUUACGAUAUGAUUUCCUGGGGAUAUAUAAUAUUCAACGUACUAUACGACAGCUAGUCUAAAUAUCAACCAAAUUACGAUAUCUCCUCAGUUGACGCAAGGAAUCGUUAAUCACACGGAUUUAUAAAGACUAUCUAAUUAUACCCUCCACAGUACUGUUCUUUAUCAUCGAAUUGUUGACAUAUGGCAUUCAUAUUAAUUGUUUAUGUUCCUUUGGAUAGGAUCCUUUAAUUAAAUUAAUUCACAUUAAUAAUCCAUAAGAUCAGAGAACCCACCAUAAAUAAGUUCAACUCACUAUUGAAGCCAGAUUUCUGUGUAUUCUUUAUGAACAGUUAAUGGAGAUUCCACACACGAGUGGAUAGUAUAAUAAGGCAUCUCUCACCAGCAUAAUAUAUUACUGAUGCCAUAACCAUAUUACUUACUGCUGCUAUUUAUAGCUACUUCAUCUCAUCCUUCAGCAAAUCUUAUAUAUGCGUGAUUCUUUCUUCUAUCCAGUCUUAGAUAGACGUUAUCAUUAGCACAUGGGUUUCUUAGUCUCGACAUAAAACCCAUCCGCCAUGCCGUUCUCAACCUGAUGUGUUAUGUGUGGAUAUAGGUGAAGGGAUCUACAUGUGGAACAGAAGUAAACGUGCAAUAAACCGGGCGUUUUAUUUAAUGCGUUCUACAAAAUAAAAGUUCUCUAGUGGAUUAUCAACUCUGUGUUUGUGGUUAAUUUCUUGGAUUUAGGAUUUAAACAGUAUCAAGAUGGGGCAGUCAGGAUCUACUACAUUAGAUCAUGAAGAUCAUCUACCCAGAUACCAGGGUGUAAUAGAUGAAGACCACCAAACCAACAUGAACGACGGAUAUUCCUUUAAAGCCGAUUAUUUCGGCUUUGCGACCAUCUCCAAACCACCAACAGCAUUAGGCAUUCUUCAACCCCCGGUGAAAGACCUGUAUGUUAAAUGUCUCAAGCAAGGGGGAGACGCCAAUAUCAAGAAGGUUCAUUUACGAAUAAUACGUGGUGGACUGUUAUUCACAUUUAUUGAUGGUCCACGAGGUGCUGAAGUGUUUUUUGAUAUUAACUCUAUGAUCUAUUUUGAAGGACUUCGUUUUCAAAUGGUGCGAACAAAUGAAAAGAAACCAUACGCAAUGUUUUUACCAAUCGACGACGUCAAAUUGACCCCGAAAGAUCAAAAAAGUGCCUUUGUAUUGGACAAAAAUAUACAGUUUUUAGCGCAGGCGCAACAUCCACCUUUAUUAACAUGUGUACUACGUCGACCAAAAGGCAUCAAAGCGCUGGAUUGUCACCUGUUUGUGUUUGAAAAUAUUGAAGAUGUUCGCCAUAUUUCUACCCUUCUCGCUGGAUUACAAGCAAGUGGUGGUAAUCUUCCGGAAAUAACCGAUUUCCGACAAACGGAAACGAAUUUUAAUCGUGGACAAAAAAGUGAUAUAAUAAGAACCGAAUAUGGUGAUUACGCCAUCUAUAGAGGGAAUCAAAUGGAAUUGAAAGAUGAUUUUUUCCGUCCGCGUGAUGAUAAUCCUGCCUUUGAUAGUAAACUACCUGAUGAUCGAGUCGAUGAUCGACGCGAUGACCGGCGUGAUGACCGACGCGAUGACCGGUGGGAUGACCGACGCGAUGACCGGUGGGAUGACCGGCGCGAUGACCGAAGAGAUGAGAGACGUGAUGAGCGACCAGGAGAUAAGAAGGUUAACGAUUGGGAUUAUGACUCCUCGCCCAUUGAUAACGCGUGGAGGAGUGUGCACCGGCAGUUUUCAAGCGAAGACCGGGGUAAAAAUCCAGAACCCGAAUACCGUCGGCAGGAAUACGAACGACAAGAGAUAUCGCAUUCUAGAGAAAGGUCAGGGGAUAGCAAUGAAGGUCGAUACUCUGGAGGACGAGGCCUGGGAGAUUCUGAUCGAGGACGAUAUGACGAGAGACCCUAUCGAGGAAGCCCACAUUUGCAUCCAAAGGUACCUCCACCUGUAGCCGACAAACCAGCUAGUCCACGCCCAAUGUCGCCAAAUAGUAGAUUUCCUGGUGGCAUGUACAGUCAACCUCCCCCACGGGAAGACCCAAGGGGCAAUCCUUACAGUCCUCGAUUUGCUGGACCACCUCCUAACAACGGGGGUCCAGUAUUUUCAGCUUCUAAUCUGGAAGGUCGGCGUGGAGAAAGAAACAGCAAGGGAGAUGAAGAGAAUAUGCCCCAAAAACCCGUCGCUAAGGUACCCCCGCAUCUGGUUGCUGGGAUUAAAGUUCUUCCCACUAAUUUUAAUAUACAGGGUGUUAAGUUGAAACCCAGGUCUCCAGGACACGAGAAGGGGGUGAAUCAUGACAAAACGUUCUCUUCGGAAGGUUCGGAGGAUACCCCCGAGUACGACAACGUUCUUCAAAAGUUUGAUAAAAUGAUUUCCGACGAAUCGGAUAUUAAAUAUCAACAACAAGUCAGAUCCACGCCUCGUGACAGAGACUUGUAUGAUCAAAAUAUACGUAAAAACUGGGCCAACGAAGACUUGAGAAGCAGUCGUGAGUCACCAAGACUUGAACGUGUCCCUUACGGCCAGGAGUACGGUCGGCAUGAUUACGAUUACGAUGGACCUGAUGACAGGAGGUAUAUUGAACAAUAUCGCAACAACGACAGACUAGAUCCAAGGAUCGACCCCAGAGGUGAUCCAAGAGGUGAUCCCAGAGGAGACCCUAGAGUUGAUCCCAGAGGUGAUCCCAGGGGCGACCCCAGAGGUGAUCCUAGAGGAGAUCCAAGAGAAGAUCCGAAGUCAAAUCCAAACCGAUACAGUAUGCCUCAAAUGUAUGAACGCGGUGACAGAUCGCAAGAGUCUCCGAAUAGGUGGUCAGGAAGCAACAAAUCUCAGUCGUCUUACGAAAUGGGUGGCAGCGGUGGUCGCCAACCAAACCUACCACACGGAGUGACGCCAGAAAACCCCGAACACAACAACCGAAAGAAAGAUGCAGAAAUCGCCAAUAUGUUUGGCGACAACUACCGAGGAGAGCAUCAGCAAUACAUGCCGCCAGUAGGAACGAAUUUUGAACAAUCAUUGGGAUAUUACCCAUAAAAUCGUGCAGUGCUCAUUUCUGUAUCUGGACUCUUUACUGUGACGUGGAUCAAUCGGACUAUUAACACGACGGAGAAUGAACUAUUAGCCUAAUAAUGAGGCUAGGAAUAAACUAUUAGCCUAAUAAUAAGGCUUGGAAUAAACUAUCAGCCUAAUAAUGAAGCUUGGAAUGAACUAUCAGCCCAUAAUGAGGUUGGGAAUAAACUAUUAGCCUAAGGCUUGGAAUAAACUAUUAGCCUAUAAUAAUGAGACGUAUCGGACUCAUACUGUGAAUAAAUGUGUAUUAUAAGAAAUUAAUAUCUAAUGCCUUUUUGUACAUGUGUAUAAUUCCUCAACUAUCGUCCACGUGAACGCCUUGUGAUUAACUUUACACGGAUAUUCAUCUUUAUUUUAAACUUGUUAAUGGAUAUUAUUAUCACGAAAAGUAAAUCACAACAAAAAGAAGUCUGAAAACUUCGACAAAGUAAUAUUUGUCUUUAUUUCGAGGUUUUAGUGAGUGUAUCUUGUUGAGACGGCCCAGCUAUUUUUUUUAAAUUGUGUGUUAUCAGGAUAAUUGAGCCGAAAGAAAGAUGCUUAAAAACUAUUUGUAUUUAUAUCGUAGUUUUAGUGUGUUUAUCUCCGAGAAAAAAAAAACAACAUUUAUUUUAAACUUUUGUGUUAAGGGAACAGAGGAAGAUUGUAAGCUUUGACAAUGUAAUAUUAUAUAACAAAUACGUGAACAUUAGUCGUUUUCAUGUCGACGUUUUAAUUUGGUUAUCUCGCAGGGAAAACAGACACGGAGACAUCAAGGGGUUUGAUUUACUUGUCAAUAUUGAAGUCAUGUUGAUUACUCGAUAUUUUAUCUCUGUUUGAUUAAGCUGGAAACUAAAGAACAGGGGAAUCGAGAUAAUGAUAUUUUGGUGAAAUUGAAUACUAAUAUUAUGUAGAAUUAUGAGUUAUUCAGGUCAUGUGGUGAAAUUGAAAUCUAAGAUUAUGUAGACUUAUGAGUUAUUAAGGUCAUGUUGUCUAUACAGUAAUCGCGUCUAUUUAACAGACUAUUAAACUGUGUCAUUUACAUUAAGGUAAAAUAUUUGCCAUGAAGAUUUCGGGAAUCCUACAAGAUUAAGGUAUAUUGACCAAAAUUCAGAUAAUCAGUUUAUUUCGCCCUCUUUGAAAAUUUGAUAAUUUCUCUCUCUGAAUAAUACAAUGUAUAUUCUAGCUAGAUAAUGAGAUGACACUAUUUCUAAUCCGGUUACACUGUUUCUAAUCCGGUUAGACCCUUUGCCGUUUUUGCUAGGACCCAACGGUGAUGUUUCACUAGGACCCAAUGGUCAUGUUUUACUAGGACCCAACGGUGUUGGUUCUCUAGACCCCAGGCCUCAGGCAGUCAAGCCUAAAGAUAAAUCCGGCACCGCCACCACCCCGCCAGAUCUUACGGCCCCAGGCCUCAGCCUGCCAAGCUUAAAGAUAAAUCCGGCUCUGUCCCCCCUCCCCCAGAUCUUACGGCCCUAGGCCUCGGCCUGCCAGGCCUAUAGAUAAAUCGUUCACUGCGGAUAAGAAAUAGUGUUCUCCAUGUCAUAUAACAAUAACUAUCUUAUUGUCGAUUGUUAUAAUAAUUUAUAUAUAAUACAGGAUUGUAUUACGACAGGUAUGAGUUUAUGUAUGUAAUAUAUAUUAUAUUAUUGUAGGCUUCCUUACCUCUGCUAAUUAUAUACCUUAUUUACACCUGGCAUAAUAAUAUAAUAUAUAAUUAUUUAUAUAUAUAUCAAAUAUACCUGAAACAGGUGUUGAACAAAUUUAAUUUGUCUAACAAUCUGAUUAAAAUACAGAUCUAUGUUUCGUUUCGUUUUCUUUUAUCCUCUCGACGGCCUACACUACAUGAAGAUCUGACCGGUUGUAGCGGGAGGUCGUGUCAGGGGUCAUGCGAGUGGCCUUUGGCCCUAUGACGUCAUACAUUUGAUUAACCAAUCGGCGUUUAUUUUUCUAGUGGAUUACCCACAGUUCCACACCGCACGCCAAGAACUCGCCGUAACAGACCGUUUCAUUGGCUAAACUCUUGGCUAAAGACAAGUAAAACGAAAUUUUAAACUAUAAAAAACGAAACGAAAUAUGAUCUGUGUUUUAAUCAGAUUGCAUGUGUUGAAAUAUUUGGACGGUACUAAAGAUUGUUGUAUUAGUGAAUCGUUACAGUGCGAAAUAAAGAUGGUUGAUAUUAAUAUGUAAGCUAACAGUAAUAUAUCAACCACAUGACGUAACAACGAAUUAUAGUUCGUCGUAUUCUUAAUUAAGAUAUCAAAUCGUUUUAAUUCGAAAUACAGAGCGAGUCGCUGUUAUAAAUAUGUAAGAAAACUGUUAAAUAUGCAUUAUGUAAAAACUAAAUUUACCUAUUGCAGGUCUUUGUUUUGGUAUCAAAUGUUAUAUAAACUAUUAUUAUUAAGACAUUUAUUAACACGGCAAGCCUAUAAUCAACUCUCUAGAUCAUCAGAUGGCUGAGAUUUAAAUGGAUUUAAACUCCCACGAGAUUUAUAUAUGUAACGAUUGGAUGCACAGUCGAGUCAUAACCUCGACUAGAAAAAAUUAAUUUGAAUGAAGUUUUCAAUAUAUUAAUCUAUUGUUGAACUAUUAUAACAAGAACGGUGAGUUCUUUAUCUAAAUCUUACAUAAUGUAUCUUUAAAAUGUUUACCGCUUGACAAGUCAAUGUUACCACCCAUAACAGCUUACAGUAUUGAUAUUUGAACCCAGGAUUUAAUGUUAAUAUUGUGGUUUAAUUAUAAACAUUUUGUUACUUUGUGUAGUUUUAUCGAAUGGUUAUUUUAAGCCCCCAUCAGACCAAAACUCGGUAUGGUUCACAUCAAAAAGGUGUGGCGAUCCAAGGGGACUCAUAAUUUCUAGCAGGUCGCGUAUAAUCGCGGUACAAUUUUGAUAAAAUGAGUUAAAACAGUCUCCGGAACCCACAGACUCAGUAACUGCACGAUGUCGAUACAAUCGAACAAGACCCGAACACUCCCUCAGCAAGACCUUCACCAGCUUUACAACGCGACUCGCAAUGCCGUGCUUUGGUGUGAUGGGGGCUUAAACAUUUAGGUUCGUUUUGAUUGAUUUGGUUUUUGGCAAUUCAUAAGACAACGCCUGAAAGUCACAGUGAUCAAAAAUUAUUAAAGUUUAUUAAAGAUCUGAUUAUACAAUCUCUAUUUAUGUAGUUUUUAUAAUAUUCAAAUUACUUUUAAUCUCUGUAUGCAAUAUUUUAUACAACUUUUUAUCUCUAUAAACAUGCGUGAUUCGACAUGUUGGGGGUGGGAGGUGGAUGGCUGAAUGGUUAGCGUGCGCGCGCUGUAUCAUAAAGUCUGUCAUUGAGUCGACUGGCGUGGUUUCGAGUCCCCGGUUGUACGUGGCAAGAAGUAGGGGCGCCUGUCCAACCUCGUGGAUUUUCUCCGGGUCCUCCGGUUUCCUCCCACUGCUAAAGACCCCUACGCGCAAGCGAAUUUUGGAAAUAAAAUUAAACCAUAUGUUAGUCCCGAAAUGACCUAGUUUGUGUCGAGUGGACGUUAAACCCCAUUUCUCUCUCUCUCUCUCGACAUGUUGGACGGAGUACAUCAAUAAAAUAGUCUAUUGAAUAAAGACAUGUACAUCUGAGAAACGCCCAUCUAAUCUCGCCAUUUUGUUUUUACUUAAUUAAUUACAACCUAAGGUAAAACAAAACAAAAAUUGUUAGGUAUUCUUACCGUGCCAUUACCUAGUCGGAAAUCUAGAGCAAAUAUCGAUCACACUCCAUGGGUUAACAGUUUCUUUUUCCCGCUUACUAUAAAAACAAGUUCAGAAUAGUUACAUGUAGUUAUUCACCACGGGCUCUACUAUGUUCAUUCGGCUGAGUACAUAAUGACAGUACUUUCUAGUCGUUGGGAUGGGACGACAAACCCGUUCCUACGUUCGUAGCUCUUCUUUAGCCCAUUAGGGCGUUGAUGCCAUUAGCCCAGUUGGAGCAGAACAGUAGAACGUUGAUGCCAUGGAACUUACAAACAAAACGAUAUUCAGAUCUGUUUUGAAUUAUUUUGAUUGUCAACCGCGGUGUAUUGUAAUCAGAUAUCUUUCCAUUAAAGAAUCUUAUAAUACCGUAAUCUCUUAUAAAACUGUUUAGUCGUGAAUACCAUAUACAGCUUAUAUCUUAUAAUACCGUAAUCUCUUAUAAAACAGAAUCGUAUCCUGUAUUCAAUACUACUUGUGAAUACCAUAUAAAACUGUUCACACGUUUGUUUCAAUGUUAAGUCGUGAAUACCAUAUAAAACACACUGUGUAGAUGUGUAUACCAUAUAAAGCCCAUUGUUCAGGUCGUGAAUACCAUAUAAAACUCACUGUUCAGUUCGUGAAUACCAUGUAAAGCUCACUGUUCAGUUCGUGAAUACGUGUUGCGAAUACAUGUCUUCAACGAAGUAGAACCCACGAUGUUGACCGCUAUCCUGUCAAACACACUGAAUAGGAAACUUGAAUGACAUUUAGAGAUUGAGCACAUUACAACAGUAUGGAAAACAAUCACUGAAUAUUCUUGGUAACGUCAAGAGAAUACUUGUUGAAACGUUGUGCUAUAUGUGUACAAACCCCAUAUAAACUGUGUUUUUUAAACCGAAUAGCAAUGGCCAGAGAGUGGAUAUUAAAAUUAUUUAUUCGGUUCAGCAGCUAAAACCGAUAUUUUGUACAUCACGUACGUCAUUUCCGUUGUUUAUUGAGUAUGGUAUUUAUGAGUAUUGACGAUUACAACAUGAUUCACUGUGUGUAUUUAAACAAUGGUUCAUACUUUUAUCUUACAAAGCUUCUAUAAACUUAUCAUAUCUUUAAAAAUAUAGACAUUAAACUUUUACUUUAAUAUUUUUGUUAUAAAAAAAAAUAAUGAAAUAUUGUGUUAUGGAACGCCGAUAUCGAUAUACAAAAAAACGACAUUUUGUUUUACCAAAAUGCGCUGUGUCUUCGAUAAUUUGGUGAAAUGUUUAUUUUCGGUAUUUCAUGAACGUUUAUUGCGAAGAGAAUUUUGCGAUAUGCUUGUUUAUAAUGGCAAUAACGAUCUAUUUAUAGAACAGCAAGUUAUUCUAUUGAUAUCGUAUUUUAUGAUAACUUACAUCAUUUAAAAUAUCGAAAACAAAAACCUUUGAUUGUGUAUAUGUGUAAUUGGUAACGGCUAAAUCUAUUUGUUAAGGCCAGCUCAAUUUUUGUCAAGGUCGCUGAGAUGUAAAUAAGGCUAGAGCUCGUGAUUGUUGACGAGAUUGUAGAAUAGGGUUAGGGUAAGCCUUAGGACUAGGUCCAAGGUUAGGGUUAGGGUUGGGAUUAGCGCAAGCCCUGUUUACAUCUCGUGACCUGUGACUUAAUAGUGAGCUGGCCUUAUCAUUUAGCACUAACCAAUGUUAACCUAAAAGUUAUAACCAUUUCACUGAUAAUUUUUCAGUAUAAAUAAUGUUUGUGCGGCCAUGCUUGAGAAUGCUGAUGCGUAUCUUUGUUUGAACCUUUUGAAUGUUUGUAGAAAUCAAAGGCGCUUGUUAUAUAUUAUAUAUAUUUAAUAUACACGUACGUAACCUUUUCAGACGAGAUCAUCCGAGAAUAGUUCGUGGUCGUCAAAUCAUAGAGGGUGUAAAACAAGCGCCUACUUUAGAUAAUGUACUAGUUUAAAUUGUUGUUAAUUAGACAUGAAUAGCCUAUAUAUAUAUAAAGGCCUGUAUGUAAGGCCUAUAUGUAAGGUCUGUAUUUAAGGCCUAUAUCUAAGGCCCAGCAAUGAUCGUGUGGAUGUAUAACAGAAUGCCGGUUUUAUAGGCUCAUUAAGUAUUCUGCUAAAAUAGACAUAUUUUGUUAUAAUUUUAAUAUUAUUUUCUUCAUCGUUAGCAUUAUACAUAAAUAACAGAUUUUUUUAUUGAUGAAAUAAAAUUUACCCGGAAUGUGAACAAA